AGAGCAUCUUUCCGUCUUCCCCGUCACAGGCGAGCGCGCACGCGAGAUAAGACUGAGGACCGAGAGCCCAUGUCACACCCUCCGGCUCUAAGUCUCCAAGAAACCAUUAAUUAUCGCGUCCCCCCGCAUCAGUCUUCAUUCUCUAUUCCUCUCCAGUAGACUCCAGGAUCCAGCAUCUUUUGUCCCACCCCAGCUCCUCUCCAAAGCCUCCUCCUCCUCCUCCUCCCUUCCUUCCUUCCUUCCUUCCUUCUGGGAUUCGUCCCUCGCGCGAUUCUUGAUGGCAACUUGGCUCCGCAGGACAAGAGCCGUCGCUCAUUACCUCCGAAGAAGCAGCGGGCGCCCUUCGUCGUCGCGUGUGGUUCUUGAUCGCCAGGGGGCGCCCCUGCCCGCCGUGCCACCUCUCGGGAGCGUUGGGAUUGGAGGCGCGGCCGGGAGGAUCUCGCCGGCCCCGUUCCCGGUCUUCUCGGCCAAGCGCCUUGAGUCCACCAGAGCCGAGAAGCAUCUCGUGUCGGUGCAUGAAGCGGAAGACGAUGAUACUGUUGAGGAUGAUGAUGAUGAUGAUGCUCAGGUCUUGGAUUUCCCUGGUGGAAAGGUUGCGUUUACCUCCAGAAUGCAAUUCAUAGCAGAGUCGGCCGAGGAGAGAGUACCGUGUUAUCGAGUGCUUGAUGACUAUGGACAGCAAAUUGAGAAUGAUUGCUCUGCCCAGGUGAACGAGGAACUCGCCGUGAAAAUGUAUACGGAUAUGGUCACCCUGCAGAUCAUGGACGCCGUAUUCUUUGAAGCACAAAGGCAAGGUCGGAUAUCGUUCUAUCUCACAUCGAUGGGGGAAGAAGCUAUUAACAUAGCAUCCGCAGCUGCCCUUACGGAUGAUGACGUUGUCAUGCCUCAGUACCGAGAACAGGGCGUCUUGCUGUGGCGCGGUUUCACGUUACAAGAGUUUGCUAACCAGUGUUUCGGUAACAAGGUCGACUAUGGAAAAGGUCGACAGAUGCCAAUUCAUUAUGGAUCUAAUAAGCACAAUUAUUUCACUGUGUCAUCGCCAAUCGCAACACAAAUUCCUCAAGCUGUUGGUGCUGCGCAUUCUCUUAAGAUGGAUAAGAGAAGUGCAUGCGUGGCUGCAUAUUUUGGUGAUGGCAGCACUAGUGAGGGAGAUUUCCAUGCUGGCUUGAACUUUGCAGCGGUCAUGGAAGCCCCGGUCAUUUUCAUCUGUCGAAAUAACGGAUGGGCGAUCAGUACCCACACAAGAGAACAAUUUCGAAGUGACGGCAUUGUUGUAAGGGGUCAAGCAUAUGGAAUUCGUAGCAUUCGAGUGGAUGGUAACGAUGCUCUUGCUGUUUAUUCCGCAGUACGUGAAGCUCGUGAAAUGGCAAUCAAGGAUCAAAUGCCUAUAUUAGUUGAGGCCUUGACUUACCGAGUAGGACACCACUCCACAUCAGACGAUUCGACAAAGUAUCGACCCAUGGAUGAAAUUGAAUACUGGAAAAUGUCGCGAAACCCUGUAAAUAGAUUCAGAAAAUGGGUUGAAAGUAACACGUGGUGGGACGAUAAAAAGGAGGUGGAGCUUCGAAAUAACAUCAGAAAGCAGGUACUCCAAGCAAUUCAGACUGCAGAGACGUAUGAGAAACCUCCGUUAUCAGACUUGUUCAGGGAUGUGUACGACACUCUUCCAUCGAAUCUUCAUGAGCAAGAGAGUCAACUCCGGGAGACCAUCAAAAGACACCCAAAAGACUAUCCACUUGAUGUCCCUGUGUAGAUGGACUUACAAUUAUUCAAGAAAAGAAUUGUCUCUGAAGCGAAGCCUCGUUAAUUCGAAACCAAAGCUUAAUAAAUUCACUGCUCUGUAUAUAAAUUGUUAAAAAUUCUUAUGCAGUGGCAACUAUUACAUGCUUCUAAUUUGACGUCCGUACAAAUUUAAACUAUCUCAUACUUUUGAAGGA